UUUAUGUUGGCUAAUUGCCUCUCUUUCUCAAGAAAGAAAAAUAUCUUCUCAGACUCUCCUCGUUAUCCCGGACAAUCUUCUUUCCUAGAAAGAGUCUCUUUCAGCUGGCGUUUCCUUCAGGCAGUGCUGUGGGCAACCUGCAGGCCCUUGUAAGGCGCACCGGAGCCCCAACUCCUUCCUUUCUGCCGGAGAUGCCAUCUUCCAGUAAUUCACCAAAAUGACAAACACAAAGGGAAAGAGGAGAGGCACCCGAUACAUGUUCUCUAGGCGUUUUAGAAAACAUGGAGUUGUUCCUUUGGCCACAUAUAUGAGAAUCUACAAGAAAGGUGAUAUCGUAGACAUCAAGGGAAUGGGUACUGUUCAAAAAGGCAUGCCACACAAAUGUUACCAUGGCAAAACUGGAAGAGUCUACAAUGUUACCCAGCAUGCUAUUGGCAUUGUUGUAAACAAACAAGUUAAGGGCAAGAUCCUUGCAAAGAGGAUUAAUGUUUGUAUUGAGCAUAUUAAGCACCCUAAGAGCCAAGAUAGCUUCCUGAAACGUGUGAAGGAAAAUUAUCAGAAAAAGAAGGAAGCCAAAGACAAAGGUACCUGGGUUCAACUGAAGCGCCAGCCUGCGCCACCCAGAGAAGCCCACUUUGUGAGAACUAACGGAAAGGAGCCUGAGCUCCUGGAACCCAUUGCCUAUAAAUUCAUGGCAUAA